GCCGUGGCAGGAGCCGCUGCUGCUCUCCCUGCCAGGGACGUGGCCAUUGAAGUCUUUGAGCUGCCUGAGAGUGAGGACAUGUUUUCCCCAACCGACCUGGACACCGCCAGGCUCAGUCACAAGUUCAAGGAGUUGCAGAUCAAACAUGCAGUUACCGAAGCAGAGGUUCACAAACUGAAGACCAAGCUAAAAUCCGCAGAAAACGAGAAAAUGAUGUGGGAACUAGAAAAAGCCGAGCUGCAGCGGAACAUCGACCAAAACAAAGAAAAAAUGCUGAGUCUGGAGGCCUAUUGGAUUGAGGCUCAAACAUUAUGCCACACUGUCAAUGAGCAUCUCAAAGAGACUCAAAACCAGUAUCAAGCCUUGGAGAAGAAAUACAACAAGGCAAAGAAACUGAUCAAGGAUUUCCAACAAAAAGAAAUUGAUUUCCUCAAGAGACAGGAAAUCGAAAGGAGGAGAUUAGAAGAUCUGGAAAACGCCCAUCUUGUGGAAGUUCAAGCCCUACAAAGGCGGAUCAGAGAUAUGGAAGGUGAGUUGGUCAGGCUACUGAAGCCAGGUGAAGCUAACAACAACAUCUUUGAGAGAAGCACACCUCUUGGUGAAGUCUCUGAAGCCGAUACCAUGGAGAAUUUGGCUGUCGAGCAAACAUCUUGUCAAGAUGUCCUAACCCAAGACUUAACUGAAGCAGUCCCGGAGACAGAGCACCUAGAUUCAGUAGCGCUGAAAACUCAUGCCGAGCUCUCUGUGAGGAGCAAAUGCCCACAGCCCACUAGGCCCAGACUCUAUGACAGUGUCAGUUCCACAGAUGGGGAGGACAGUCUAGAGCUCAAGGUGAGUACUCCUGACCGUUUUCUGACUCAUGGUGUUGGCCUGUAUCAUUGUUCCUACAGCUUAUUGAAGAUGAUUUUUCUGCAGCCAGAGUCUAUGCCCUAGUUGGAAACAGCUGGA